AUGGGCCGCAGGCGGGCUGCGCGUGGCGCUGGGGCGGAUGGCGGCCGUGCUCGGCGCCCCCUGGCCCGACCCCUGGAAGCGUUCUCCGACGAGCUGGGCGCGGCGCUGCGCGCGUCUGUGGGGCCGGAGGCGGCCGAGCACGAGGACAACCCGGAGCCGUUGAGGCUGCCCUGCCCGCUGGCCAUGUGGGAGCUGGGCCACUGCGACCCCCGGCGCUGCACUGGCCGCAAGCUGGCCCGCCUGGGCCUGGUGCGCUGCCUGCGGCUGGGCCACAGGUUCGGGGGCCUCGUGCUCAGCCCCGUGGGCUCCCAGUACGUGUCCCCAGCAGACAGACUGCUAUUGGCAGAGUCUGGGCUGGCUGUCAUCGACUGCUCCUGGGCCAGACUGGAAGAAACGCCCUUCAGAAAGAUGCGGGGUGGCCAUCUGCGCCUGCUGCCGCACCUGGUGGCCGCCAACCCAGUGAACUAUGGCCGACCCCACAAGCUGUCCUGUGUGGAGGCGUUUGCUGCCACCUUCUCCAUCUUGGGCUUCUCGGAUGCGGCUGCAGCUUUGCUGGGCAAGUUCAAGUGGGGUCCUGGCUUCCUGACACUGAACCAUGAGCUCCUGGAGCAGUACGCAGCGUGCAGCGGUCCCGAGGACGUACAACAGGCAGAGCAGCGCUUCCUGGCCCAGGCCGCAGAGCGCCUGGACGAGGACAUUGACCCUUUUGACGUGGACUCCGGCCGAGAAUGUGCAAACCCCAACAGACCUGUGGCUGGCGGCCGGUUGCCCUCAGACAGCAGCGACAGUGACGAUGAGGAUGCAGCUGAGGAGCGGGCAGGCAACAGUGGGCCAGAAGCAGAGGUGGCCACGGAGCAGGGGGCCGGGCCCCCCCACAGGAAGCCAAGGACAGACACACGGCAGACAGACUGA